ACAUUUUCAUUGUGUGAUUGUGUGCGUGAGUGGGGGGAAGAAUCUCAGGCUGAGGAAAAUAUUAAUUUUGUGAUAACAUUUUAGCACUGCGGUCAGUGAUUAUUAGAUAAUUGAGGAGACAGACUAGUGCUGCAACCCACGAGCUUUAACCCAACUCAGUUAUCUAGUAGGUGUGGUUUUGGCUCCCGAGCACGAAUCCUUCAUUCCACACUCUUACACAUCAAGACAAAAUCCCAGUGUGAUAGAAUUUUUUUGGUAGAAAGUAGAGAGAGAGAGUGAAGAAAGUCCAACAAUGUCCUCACUUCCACGUGUUAAUCUCGACGAGCCGCGCUAUGAUCAAAGCACCUACCUAAAUCGAGCUAAACACUUUAUCAUUCUAACAAACCCCCUCAACGUUUUUGUGUCCAGCAGUGAGCUCGAUCGAGCAGCUAAAAUUGUCCAGGACUACAAAGCCGAGAAGCCCGUGGAAGCAAAGAGCAUCAGUGAGAUAUGGCGAGCCAAGUACAUUUACGAUUCCGCCUUCCAUCCGGAAACGGGUGAAAAGAUGAUUAUAAUUGGACGGAUGUCAGCCCAAGUGCCGAUGAAUAUGCUCAUUACAGGGUGCAUGAUGACCUUUUACCGGUCAACUCCGGCUGUGGUCUUCUGGCAGUGGCUCAAUCAGUCAUUCAAUGCCCUUGUCAACUAUACAAAUCGCUCUGGCUCAUCGCCAAUCAGCAACAAUCAGCUCUUUACGUCCUACUGCCUGGCAACUGGUGGUGCUCUGGCCACUGCUCUCUCCCUCAAUCGUCUGUGCAAGACAGCUCCACCACUUGUUGGACGUCUAGUACCACUGGCAGCUGUGGCUGCUGCCAAUUGCAUCAACAUCCCCAUGAUGAGGAUGCAGGAGCUGCAGCAGGGCGUUGAGUUGUAUGAUGAAAAUAACAAUCGCGUGGGGGUAUCAGUCAAUGCUGCUCAGAAGGGAAUAACUGCUGUUGUUCUCAGUCGGAUAAGCAUGGCUAUGCCAGGGAUGGUAUUUACCCCAAUGCUGGCCACAUUCCUGGAGAAGAAGGGUGUUUUCAGGCGCUUCCCCUGGGCCAAUGCUCCCAUCCAGACACUCUUCUGUGGCUUCUGCCUGACUUUUGCCACUCCACUGUGCUGUGCUCUGUACAGUCAGAAAGCCAGUAUCAGGGUAGAUCAGUUGGAGAAAGAAGUGCAGGAGAAUGUGAAGAAAAUCUCACCGGAAAGUCAGGUGGUGUACUUCAACAAGGGACUCUAAGCCAUGAUUGUUAAACUAAAAGCAAUUAGUCUGUUUUAAAUGCAUUUCCGUUGUAUUUUCUUUUGGUUCAAAAA